GAAGCACAAACGUCUCACUAAAUUUCAAGAUUUUCACUAAUAUUUUAUUGCAACCUCCAACGAUUAAAUAAUUAACCAAAAAUACAGAUCUGCAGUCUGUCCCCACACGGCUCCAUCCAACGCCUCAUUAUAACUGCUACAUCCCCGUGUGUGCUUCUAGAGAGAGAACUUCGAGAAUCACUCGUUUCCUGUCGGGAAAGUGAGAAAAAAUAUGGGAGUAAACAGGGGAGUUCUGUUGGCAGCGGCGGCGCUCCUGUUUGCGGCGGUGAUGUUGCCGGAGGUGGCGGCGGUGCGUUACAUAGUGGGUGGCAACAUGGGCUGGAGCCAAAGUGUGAACUACACAAUUUGGGCUCAGGACAAGAAGUUCUACAAUGGGGAUUGGCUCUUUUUCGUGUACGAUAGGAACCAGAUGAACGUUCUUGAGGUGAACAAGACGAAUUUCGAGAGCUGCAACUCCGAGCAUCCGCUCCACAACUGGACUACGGGUGCCGGGAGGGACGUCGUCCCCCUCAACGUGACCAAGACGUUCUACUUCAUCAGCGGGAAGGGGUUCUGCUUCAGUGGCAUGAAGGUGGCCAUCCACGUCGAGAAACCUCCUCCUCCGCCAUCAUCCUCACCGAUAAAGAGCAGCUCUCCGCCUAGUUUGAGAAGCCGGGUUUUCGUCCCGGCCCUUUUCGCCGUUGCUGCUGCCUGGGAUGCCCUUCUGCUGCUCUUGUAGCUUGCUUUCAUUGAUGAGAGUUGUUUAGCCCAAAUUGUGAAGAAUUAUUGAGCUUGUGGCAUUGUUUUUGUUACUUCUUUUUUUUUUCUUUUUCUUUCUUUUAUUUAUCCAUCAAAUUUGAACUGAGUUUACAGAUGAAUUCAGAUCAAGACUGAAUGAGGAGUUGUAGCAAGUGUUGAAAACUUUUAGUUUGUUCAACAACUUUGAAAGAAAAUCUCUUUAUUGGGGAGUUAAAAA